CGCAGGAUUACGGUCGUCUCCGAUAACUACGCAUGCGCGUAGUAUACAAAAUGUCGGGAGGAGCGGAAAGGUUAAAAAUGGGAAGGAAUUUGGCUCCAGGAAGCUCAAACAUGGCACGCCAGUUUUGUUGUCUCUGUCUAGAUAUUUAAGAAGUGGAGCAAGGGAUUCACUCGACCAUCCUUCCUGCUCAGACUGUGGGGAGGGAUUCAUUUGGUCAUUUGACAAAAUUGCAAGCCAGUCAUUUUACACAGGAGAAAGGCCGUUCACCUGCUCAGACAGUGGGAAUGGAUUCACUCAGUCAUUUCAACUGAAGGUAUAUCAGCAAGUUCACACUGGGCAAGGCCAUUCAUCUGUUCUGUGUGUGAGAAAGGAUUCUGCCGGGCAUCCCACCUGUGGACAAACCAGUCAGAUCACACUGGGCAGAGGCUGGUCAUCUGCUGAAUUUCGGGGAAGGGAUUCUCUGGGUCAUCUGACCUAAUGGCACACCAGUCAGUUCACACUGGAGAGUGGCCAUUCACCUGCUCAGACAGUGGGAAUGGAUUCACUCGGUUAUCUCAACUGAAGGUACAUGAGCAGGUUCACACUGGGCAAGGCCAUUCUGUUUGUGGGAAAUGAUUCUGUUGGUCAUCCCACCUGUGGGUACAUCAGUUAGAUCACACUGGGCACAGGCUGUCAUCUGCUGAAUUUCGGGGAAGGGUUUCUCUCGGUUAUCUGAUCUAAUGGCUCACCAGCGACUUCACACCAGGGGGCGGCCGUUCACCUGUAUAGUCUGUGGGAACGGAUUCACUCAGUCAUCCCACCUACUGAGCCAUCAGCGAGUUCACACUGGGGAGAAGCCGUUCACAUGCUCAGUCUGUGGGAAGAGAUUCACUUGGUCAUCCCAACUACUGGCACACCAGUUUGUUCACACUGGAGAGAAGCCGUUCACCUGCUCAGAAUGUGGGAAGGGAUUCACACUGUCAUCCCGCCUACUGAUCCAUCAGCGAGUUCACACUGGGGAGAAGCCGUUCACCUGCUCUGUCUGUGGGAAGAGAUUCACUGCAUCAUCCAACCUACUGGUACAUCAGCGAGAUCACACUGGGGAGAGGCCAUUCAUCUGCUCCGUCUGUGGGAGGGGAUUCACUCAGUCAUUCAGACUACAGAGUCAUCAGAGAGAUCACACUGGGGAGAAGCCGUUCACCUGCUUAGUCUGUGGGAAGAGAUUCACUGAGUCAACCAGCCUACAGAGUCACCAGCGAGUUCACACUGGGGAGAAGCCGUUCACCUGCUCAGUCUGUGGGAAGAGAUUCACUGAGUCAUCCAGCCUACAGAGUCACCAGCGAGUUCACACUGGGGAGAAGCCUUUCACCUGCUCAGACUGCAGGAAGAGAUUCAUUGAUUCAUCCAACCUACAGAGACAUCAGCGAGUUCACACUGGGGAGAAGCCAUUCACCUGCUCAGUCUGUGGGAAAGGUUUCACUCAGUCAUCCCAACUACUGGCACACCAGUCAGAUCACAACAGGGUGUGGCCAUUGUUAUGAAUCCCUAUGUUUCGUUUACUGUGGACUGUCAUUUUAAGAGAGAAAGUGUGAGAUUAAGAAAUCAAAUCAGUCUGACUUGCAGCGUGUUUAGUUUUAAUCGAGGACACGGACGCUCAGAGUCAGAUGGAGACAGAGGAAAAAUGGAAGGAUUGAAACCAGGGAGUUGGUGGCCAAGGGUCAUUUUUCAGAAAUUUCCUAUACCCGCAAGGGUGGGUUAAUUAUCAAUUCACCGUACAUGGAAUGUGUGGUUGUCACCUCGUUUGAUCCAUAGGUUUGGAUCGGAUUUGGCGUAUCCUGUGGAGACCACUUAUGUGUUACCCUUUCCUGGGUGACGACGAUAUCACUGUGAGAAUUCGCUUUCGGUGAUAAUUCGUAUGUGGAUUUGGAACGACGGAUAAAUUCUACAGCAACUGAUCUCUCAUUUUACCACCGUGGAACCUGUGGAAUUCGACAGAAUUGCCUUCUCUCGACAUUUACCCUGGAUUGCAACUAUCUCUCUCUCAUCACCUAUUCUGUGGAUAACCUGAACUUUACCAUCGCAAGACUCCAAGCAUUGUUUCCCUCGAGCUCAGUAGUUUGGGAGUUAUAUUUACACACAUUUAUACACAUAACACUUAACUUUUGUUUAAAUUGUUUGUUACAAUUUUAUAAGUAGUUACAAAUAAAGACAGUGGUUUUGACAUCAAAAGACUCCAGGUGUAGUCUAUUGUUGCUGGUUUGUGUCUAAAGCAUUAUGGUUCAUAACAAAAUUGGGGCCUGCGUCUGGGAUAUGAACAAAUUUGCAGGGCUUAUUGAUCAAAUAAUUAUCAAUCUGAUUGGGGAAAAUCCCUUUUGAUUUAUUUGUGUGUGGAAAUCAGCAGCAAUGGAUAUUUAUAUAUGUGUGGAAGCGCCAACCCCUGAGGCAUUAGGAAAAGCUAAAACAAAUGAAUUGCUGACUAUUGAACCUCAAUGAGGUAUGGGGGUGUGAAGGACCAGGGGAAGCAUAAAACUGGGAGAGCAGGUACAGGUGAAAAAAAUAGGAGUUUUGUUACCCAAAAUGUUUAUAAACUCAACAGAACUGUUCUACAGUCCAAACUUUAAUCAGCGAAACAGAACAAAACUGGGUUACAACAACAUAGAGAAAUACUCCUCUGACCAAGAGACACCACUCAGCUCCUGGCUGUGGGCUUAUAUUGGAUGCUGGCCAUUCAAUAGUAAGUUGCAUGGGAGAGAAAACAUUCCUCUCCUUAAAAAGAUAUGGCAUAAAUGAAGUAGCUCCAGAGAACAUUCCCCUGGCUGUAGUAGAAUGGCACAAUCCAAUUAUCCAGCCCCAUCUACUUAGGCUGGUGUAACGCAACAGCUCAGCCGUUUACCAGAUCAUCAGGAGGAUGGUCGGCUCCAGGACACUUUAAUAUGUCCGGUUGAUGGUGCGGCUGGGAAUUGCAGCCUCCAUAGGGGGGCUAUGAGAAAGCCAGAAAUUCAGAGGAAAAUAGUUGAGCACAAUAUAUCUAUGAAGGUGUAUGAUAAGGAGGUGUUACACAGGUUUUCUGUGAGUAAAGAGGAGAUCCAGUUAUGACUGGAACAAAUGAAGAUUGAUGUACUUAAAUUAGAGGCUGAAGAGAAUGAGAGAAAGAGGGUGUUUGAUGAUUGACAGGCAUACGAACAGAUGGAAGAAGCAUAAAAAAAGGAGUUCUGAAGCUGAGGAAGCAGAAAAACAGAGGGAAGAAGGAGAAAGACAGAGGCAGUUUGUGAUAGAGAAGUUAAGGCUCGAGAAAGAAGUUGCUGGCUCAAAGGAGUUGGUUGUACCGUUUAAUGCCAGCCAGAAAGUUAAAUUGGUCCCUCCAUUUGAUGAGACUGAGGUUGGUAAAUACUUCCAGCAUUUUGAUAAAGCGGCUCAAAGUCAAAAGUGGCCGAAAGGAAGCUGGACUCUUUAGUUACAAAGUAUAAUUAAGGGUAAGGCUCAACAAGCUCAUUCUGCCCUAUCAAUUGAAAAUGCAGCUAAUUAUGACUUAGUGAAACAGGCUGUGCUCAAAGCUUAUGAGUUGGUCCCAGAAUCAUACAGGCAAAAGUUUAGAAAUUUGAGGAAAUCUGUGAAUCAGACUUAUAUGGAAUUUGCUUAUUAGUAGUUGUGUGUUUUGACCACUGGUGCACAUAUAAAAAUAUAAAUGAUGAUUUUUACAGAUAGAAAGAUUUGGUUUUAAUUGAAGAAUUCAAAAGGUGUGUUUAUGAAGACAUAAAGACAUACUUAGAUGAAAAGGAUGCUGCCACUUUACGGGAGUCUGCUAGAUUAGCAGAUUAGUUUGCUUUAACUCAUAAGGUUAAGUUUACCCCAAAUAAGAUCUUCCAAAAGAGUAGCAGGGAUCAGCAGGGUAAACCAGAAAUUAAAGCUGGGACUAGUGACAAGAGUAAGGAUGAAGGGAAGCAGUUGAAGGAGAAAUAUUCUGGUCUUUCUUGUUACUAUUGUAACAAAGCUGGUCAUAUGAUGGCUGAUUGUUCCAUCCUGAAGAAGAGAAAGGAACAGGAGGCAGUCCCAAAUGACUCUGUUCAGUAUGUUGAAGCACCUAUAAACCCACAGGGUUCUGAACAUUCUGUUGAAGCUCAGUUAAAGACUGAGAGGUCUGACCGAGUUAAGAAGGGAUUCGAUCACUUUAUGUCAGAUGUGUUUGUAUUAGUAAAGGAAGUUUCAACCCCGUUACCAGUGAAAAUCCUUCGAGAUACUGGGGCUUCUCAGUCACUUUUAUUAGACAGCGUUCUAAAGUUUGGUGGUGAGACUGACACUUGUGAACUAAAUCUUAUUAAAGGCAUUGGGGGUGGCAUGGUUUCUGUGCCAUGGCACAAGAUAACUUUACAGUCAAGGUUGGUUUCGGGACCUGUUAAAAUCGGAUUAUGCUCCAGUUUACCAGUGAAAGAUUACUAUUAGGGAAUGACCUGGCAGAUGGUAAAGUUGUUCCUGCAGUGCUGUUGAAAACUAAGCCAACCACUGACGACCCACGGAUGGAUUUUAACAUUUAUCCUUCCUGUGCAGGAACUCGAAGUAUGGCUAAAAAGUCUGCCGACGCAGACGGUUAUGUGCAGCAUGAUUCUCAUACCCAUGAUAGCCAAAAUCGGGAUUCCGGUUCUGAUGAUGUGUCAGGGACUUUUCUGCCUUCAUUGUUUCAACAGGAUUAUGGUAGUAAGUCUGAUGAGAAAGAUUUAUCCCUGUCUAGGAAGGAGUUUAUAGCAGAACAGAACCGAGACCCUGAGAUUGAAGCUUUAAAAGAAACAGCUCUCUCAGAUGAUGAGAUUAGGAAAGUGCCAGUAGGGUAUUAUUCCAAGGAUGGAGUGUUAAUGAGGAAGUGGAGGCCACCUGCUAUACCAGCGAGUGAGAAAUGGGCAGUUGUUCACCAAGUUGUAGUUCCUAAAGUUUAUAGGGCUGAUUUUUUAAUUUUGGCCCACAGUAUGCCUUUAGGUCGACAUUUUGGAGUGAAUAAAACUAAACAGGAUUAUGUAAAAAUUUUACUGGCCUAAGUUCAGGAAAGAUAUUGUGACCUUUUGCAGAACCUGUCACACUUGUCAAGUUGCGGGUAAACCUAAUCAGGUCAUCCCAGUGGUCCCACCGUGGUCUAUACCUGCAUUCAGUGAACCCUUUUCUAAAGUUAUCGUGGAUUGAGUUUGCCCAUUGCCAAAGUCUAAAGCUGGCCAUCAGUAUUUGCUAAUUAUUAUGCGUACUGCAUCCAGAUUCCCAGAGGCAAUACCUCUCAGAAAUAUUAAUGUUAAAACUGUGGCGAAGGCUGUUACCAAGUUUUUUUACUUUAUUUGGUUUGCCUAAAGAAAUCCAGUCUGAUCAAGGAAGUAAUUUUACAUCUGUAUUAUUCCAGCAGGUAGUUUAUGAACUGGGAGCUAAACAAAUUAAAUUAUCCGCGUACCAUCCUGAAUUACAAUGGGCUCUAGAAAGAUUUGAUAUUCUACCCUCAAAACAAUGAUUCAGACAUACUGUGUACUACACAAUCUUUCUCACUCGCUCCGUGCCUUGUAAAGGCUUGAUAAAGACAUCAUUGAUGCACGCACGCACACGCCAACAAAAGACAUACUGUGUUGAAAAUGGAAAAGACUAGGAUGAAGGAAUAUAUUUGCUUUUGUUCGCAGUAAGAGAGUCGGUACAGGAAUCACUGGGCUUUAGUCCAUUUGAACUUGUAUUUGGUCAUAGAGUGAGGGGACUUUUGACCUUGGUAAAGGGACAGUGGAUUGAUGGCGAUGUACAUGUUAACUUGUUAGACUAUGUUUUGAAGUUCAAAAAUAAACUACACCACGCCUGUACUCUAGCAAGACUAAACUUAAAGAUUUCUCAAAACAAAAUUAAGUGUUGGUUUGAUAAGCGGGCUUGCGAAAGAAAAUACCAUUUGGGGAAUAAGGUGCUUACCUAUUUCCAAUGUUGACGAAUCCACCUCAGGCGAAAUUCAACAGACUGUAUGAAAUAGUCUCUCAAAUUAAUAAUGUGAAUUAUGUUAUCAAAACACCCGACUGAUGUAAACUAACACAGGUUGUACACAUAAAUAUGAUAAAGCCUUAUUUUGACAAACAGGCACCGU